AUGGGGAAUAGUACAGAGGAAGAGCAAACAAUAAAAUGUGGUACUAGCCAAUUGUGUUUUGUAAAGAUGCUAAUAAAUAAUUUAGUAGCAGGAUCGAUUAUAGGCAAAUAUGGAUCAAUCAUAUCAGGUAUUGAAAAUAAAACAGGAUGUAGUUUAAAACUAUCACCAAAUAAUUCUUACUUUCCAAAUACACAAAAAAGAGUUUUAGUAAUAUGUGGUAAACAAGAACAAAUAAAUAAUGUAAUUAUAAUUAUUUUAAAUAAGAUAAGACAAAUAUCAAUACCAAAUAAUAUCAAUAAUAAUAAAAAAGAAAAUAAAAUACAAACUUAUACAUGUAAAAUUGUAGUACCAAAAUCAGCAGUAAGUGCUAUCAUUGGAAAAGGAGGACAUCAAAUUAAACAACUACAAAAUAAUACAGGAACAAAAAUACAAAUAUCUAAUCGUGAAGAUGGAUUGAAUGAAAGAGUUAUAUCAAUAGUCGGCCCGUUUGAAUCGGUUCGUGAUACAACAACAAAAGUUAUUGCCUCAAUUCAAACAGAUCCAAACUUAAAAGAUUUAUUAAAUAUUAAUUAUAAUAAAGAAUUAAAUAUUGAAACUGUUACUAAUAAUAAUAAUAGAAAUGGAAUUCGAAAUAUAUCUCAUAAUUUUAUUAAUAAUAUACCAAUGAAUAAUUAUGUAAUGUCACAACAAUAUGGACUAUUUCAACAUGAACAAUAUGUAGACAUAAAUAUGAUGAAUUAUUUAAUGAGAAAUAAUCGUGAUUUAUUUAAUUUGCCAUGUGAAAUAUCUAUACAAAUUCCCGAUGAGUUUAUCGGAUCCGUUAUUGGUAAAAAUGGUGUUAGACUUACAAAUAUUAUGAACAGUACAGGUGCACAAAUCAAAAUAAGUAGAAAAGGAGAAUUAAUACCUGGAACUACUGAUCGGAAAACAAGAAUUAUAGGAACUGUUGCAGCAGUACAUGCUGCCCAUGUUCUAGUCUUACAAAGAUUAGAGUUUGUUUAUAUGCAAAUAAAAUUUGAUAUAUAA